AAGCCCUGACGAAGGCCUCGUCGGGAUUGCGUUCUUCGCCUUCUUCUUCUUCGGCCGGCACCGCCCUCUCCUUCUUAUUCUUCUCGAUCAGCAGAGCGGUGGGGUGUUCAUCGGUAAAACCCGGCGAUCCCCGCCAGCCGACGCCGACCAAACGCGAAUAAGAGGAGCUGUCGGAUCGCGCCGCCCAUCUCAGUCUCUCGCCCUUAUUAAGCGAUGGAGGUAUCAGUUCAAGAUGCUAAAAGGUUAUGGUCGCUCCUCUGGAAUAAGGAUGAUCAGCUAGAUAAGAAAAGGAGGUUUUUCGAACGCCACUCUCUUUUUUCAUUGCAUAAAGUUCCAUCGCUUUUCCUCUAAUUCACUGAAAAAUUUGUGCUCUAUUUAUUUAAUUAUUUCUGUUUUUGAUGAUGGAUGAGUUCUUUGUGACUAUGCUGAAGGUAUGGUUACACUGCGCAAAGAAUAUGAUCUCUAAAUUAAACUGAGAAGCCCUAGAUUUUUAAGCACUUUGCAGUCAGUAGUACAUUCCCUAAAAUAUUGGGAGCAAAAUUGGAAAACAAGAAACAGCUAUUGUUGGUUGUUUGUGUUGCCAAUCCAAGCUACGAAGCUUGGUAAAUGCCAACCUCUUGAAAGGAUAUACCCCUCAUAAUAAUAUGGCAUGACUCUAUAAUAGUGCCAUAGCAGAACAAUACUUGUCUGCAUCAUGUUUAUUUUAGUCAACCGAUAUAUUUGUUUGUGUGAUGAUGAAUUUUGCAGCAUGUUUUGGUUUAUUUUUUGAUUUUUAGAUAGAAGUUCAGUUUACACAUGCUUUGCAAACUUGAGUUUGUCGAUAAAGAAACAUCAUAUGGCAGUCUAUUUUUGUUACAUCAUAUGGCAGUCUAUUUUUGUUGUGACCAGUUAGACAUUAACCAAAGACACACACACACACACACACAAACGUGGCUGUUAAGCAUUUCUUACCAUAUGAGAAAUGAAAACAGUGUUUGUGAAAUGUUUGCCUCCAACCAAUCUAAAAUAUUAUCAUCUAGCCAGGUCAUUUCUGCCAAUUUGUCCAAUUUUUGUGCAAGCUCUUUAUGAUGGAGCGCCCAAUGAUAUUAAAUGAUACCAUAUUGCAUCUAUUUCACAAAUCAGAUAUCACUUAAUUCAUAGUGUAUACCAUAGAGACAGAAUGAGGAAUCAGAGAUACAGAAGGAAUAUGAAAUGUAAUUGUGAGGAAGCAUCUAAUCAAAGUUAUAUAAGUUUUUAUAUAUUGGCAUGAAUUUGAGUAUUUGGGGUUUGUUUUUGAAUUUAUAUAUGAAAGAUAUGUUUGAAGGGUGAAAAUGAAAAAAGUAAGUUAAUUCAAUCAGAAAUGGGUUCGUGAAAAACAUAGUUUCAAUAGAAGAGAGUAGCAGAAGCAUCUAGGAAUUUGAAUGUCUGAAGAUUUUAACUAUGAAAGAAAGGAGAUGAAAAUGCUAAAUUGGUUGCCGUACCACCCUUGACAGUAUGAAAUUACAGAGGUCAUAAAUCUAACCUUAUUUAUAUGUGAUUUGCUUGUGGUUUAAUGAGUUAUCUAGAAGAUGUUUUUCGGUUUGUAAAAGUUCAAAAUAUUUUAAAUAUUUCAUUUAGCUGAUAAGAAAUAGCAUAUGGUCCCUGUGCAGGUGGUUGCUGCAACCUGCAAUCAUGUCUACAUCCGAGGGCAGUCAAAAGAAGUCCAAAAGACCAAAGUUUUUGACAGAUGCGUUUCCUCCGAGAUUGUAAGAGCUAAUGUGGAGAGGUGCUUUGGAUCAGAUCAUGAUAGUCAAGGGACACACCAUGCGGUUCAGGACUACCUGCAGCACUUUGGCAUGCAUAACAUGGAGAGUUACUCUGUAAACCCAUCCAACUUAAAGACUUUUUCCUUAAUAAUCAACAACUUGAACAAUGAUGCACUCUGUGCUGUGGCUAACAUAGUCAGCAACAACAAUGUUAGCUUUGAGAAAACCCGUCCCAGGAGGAGAAAGGUCAUAAAGAAUCUUCUUCGCAGAUAUUUCACAGAAUCAAAUUGCAAACGUAACCCAACUGCACUGAAAAAGUUAUCAGAUAUUUUCAGAAAUCCAUGCAAUUUUCAGGAGAAACAAUUGAUGCUCGCCGCUCCUAUCUCUCCACCUCUUCUUUCGACUAUUUACAAGGUCUUGGAAAGACUUGGUGAAAUGCCUCUUCGGGACCUCAUUGCGAUGAAUAGAAGGCUCAAGGGUCGAGCGGUUGCCCCUCAAUUUCCACCUGUCCAUUAUAGCUCUAAAAAGGACAUGCUUUUAAAACGAGUGAGGAAAAGAUGUGAAGAUUCUCUUUCAGCAGUUAAGGAAGGGGAUGACAUGCCGGAACGAUUAGCUAAGGCACUGUCAGUCAUGCUUUUGUCUCUCAAGCUGAAAUCAGGAAGUAUUGAAAUGCUCACAUCAACAUUUUACCCCUUUUCAUCAGAUAUAGUAAGCUUGCAGCAUGGAAUUUUAAAUGCUAUAUGGUCACUCCCUAAAUUUAAAUAUGCUGAUCUGAAAGCCUUGAAACCUUUAGUGGAUCCAGAAGCUAAACUUUCCAAGAGGAGUUUCAGGAUAGCUCUUAAAAAUUAUUUGAAGGAGUAUUUGUUUGCAUGUGAUGAAAUAAAUAUUCCAAAGGAAGUACAAAGUGCUCUUUCUUUUAUCAAUGAGACGCUGAAGCAUCAACCCUGCAUGUUUUCCAAAGAGACUAGGGAAGAGGAGGUAGAGGCUGUGUUGUCUGUGAGCAGUCAGUUUAAGCAAAUUAUAUUGGACCUGAUUCCAGACCAUAGUAUUGUUGAAAAAUGUGGGGUUGCAUGUUCAGGGGAGCUAGGAACUGAUGAGAGCAGCGAGAGUGAUGAUUUUGAAUUGUCAGCAAGUGACUAUUUCUCUGGUUCUGAUGACUGUGAACACAAGCAAACAUAUGAUUCUUGUUCAAAUGAUGAAGCGGAGACUAUUGGGGAUUCAAGACCUAAAUCUUCCCCUAUCAUUGCUAGCGGCAUAGACUCUUCUCAGCUUGCUGCAGCUGCUAGAAAUACAACCGACAUUAUCCUUAAAAAGACUAAAUUGGAGCAUAAUAAAAUGAGUGCUCUCCAGCACGAUCCUGAAAAGUUGAUAAAACCUAAUAUUCAAAAUUCUUUCCAGAGGACAGCAAGCAUGGGUGAAAAAGCAGUUCAGGAUAUCUGUGACAGGACAGCUGUAGUUUCGCAUCGUCUAAUUGGCUCUAUGCUGGAGAAGUUUCUGCAAUUCGAAGGCAGAGAUGUGGAUGCGAUGACAAGAUCUUAUCUUAGAGGUGGAUUAUCUCCUGUAGAUUCACAAGGUGCUGAAGUUCUGUUGAAUACUCCAAAGAAGGAUUUGAAGGCUCAGGUUCUUGUUCAAGCUGUAGAGGAGCUGCUACCUUCUUUUCCAAAGAGUUGUAUAGAAAGAGUGAAGAAGUUGAUGGAGCUGCCAUAACUUGUCGGACUCAUAAACUUCAGUUCUUAAGGCAUACUUGGGAGGUAGUGUCAAUCAGGGAUGACAAAAUUUGGAAGUUGCCUCCCCAAAUGUUGAGAACUAGAUUGGCUGUUCUGGAUUUUGGAUCUAAGACAAGUUUUGGUUGGUAUCAACACGCAUCGGAUAACAGAGAGAGCAGUAAUUUCAGCAGAAUAACAGGGCCUGGUAGCAUCGGUAAUGCUAAUGAGGAUCGCUUGGUGAUUCAUUCAUCUUCCUUCGGGAACCUAAUUCUUGAAAGCAGCACAAAGGUGCCAUGGGUAGUCAUGCAAAAUGAAGCUUGAAUAGCAUAAUUACCAUUUUUCUGGAGCAGCUCCACAUUGGAACAUGGGUGCAAGAAAUAACACACGGUAUUAGAAGUGAUUAAAGGGGAAGCAUCAGCAAUGCUGACUAACUACUAAAUAUUUUCCAGCUGUACCUCGGACAUACUCUUCUUACAGGCAUUGGUUUGUCGUUCUAACUAUCAUAUCCUACAUUUUUUUGGAGGCAGAAUUGCGGUGAAAUUUAUGAGAGCAUUUUGUAACAAGAAAGCAUGUUCUGAGCAUCAACUAGCAUAGUAUGAUAAGAUGGUGCUAAUUACUCUGCAGAAGAAGGUAGCAGUUGCAAGGUGUUGGGUGUGUUGAUUUCCUCUUCUUGGUUGUGUAACCAUCGAAGCAGCACAUGGUUCCUUACAUUGUUGUUGCACUAACAAUUCAUGUUAUAUUCCUCCAUGGUCUCAAAAUUUCCUGUGUCGAGCACAUUUCCUGAUCCAGCAUUAGCACCAUUAUAUUGAUCGCUAUGUUGUGAAGAGAGCGGAGAUAUCAUUCAAGAGGUGUGAAGUAGUGCUGCAAUUUUUGACUGACAAAUUGGGCCAAGUUGUGUUCUCUGGGGAUGCGAUAGCGGAAAGAGAUGUUCCAAAUAACUCGGCACCCUUUUUGAAUUGAUGAGAAGCGGCUUCUCCGACUUUUCUGCACAAAUGGUCAACGUUCCUCUUCUCCUUUCCUGUGCAUCCAAGCAAGAGUUUGCUCUUCUUUUCAGUUCCUUUCUCUAUUUCCCCUUACUUUUUUGGUUUCUUCUCCACCACAAAGUAGGCAAACAGUGUAAAAGAGUCGGUUACGAAAGACCUUGGUAGUGGUUUUGUUAUAUAAUAAAGGAGGGGUGGCAAUCGGCUCGGGUCAGCUCAGAAUCAACUAUAAAGACCAGUGGGAGUACAAGAUGGUUAGUUUGUGCUAUGUUGCUUAUCAUAUUUGGUUGGGAAAUGAUAGAUUAGUUAAGAACAUUGAUUAAA